AUGAGUUCCACAGCUGCGGCAGAUGCGACUCAGGCAUCCAACUCCGCCUCGAAGAAGAAGAACAAUAAGAAGAAGAAGGGCGCAAACAAGAACAAGGACCUGACAGGAACCGAUGACACCAAGAAGGAGGUCGAGGAUGGCGAUGACGAACCAGAGACACCAACGCAGGACACCAUCUGGCAGACAUCACAACAAGGACAGGCCGACUCUCAAGACAACGCAGAGAAUGCUUCUCCGAGCAAUGGGCACGUGGUCCCCCCAUCCACCACGACAGACGGCGAUCGAGGCAGCUCGGAUACCACAGCCAAGUUGGAGGUAAUGGGCAAGGAGCGAGAGGCCCUCAGGGCCGAGGUGGAACAGCUGCGCAAGCAGCUUGAGAGAAUACAAGAACACCACGCAACGGAGACCUCAGAACUCCGCACGGAGGUGGAGGAAAGCAACGCCGCCAAGGAGACGGCCGAGGAGCAGUAUCAGAACCUGCUGGGCCGUGUGGGACAGAUCAAGGAGACACUGAGCGGCAGGCUGAAGCGGGACAGAGAGGAACUAGAGGAAGCAAAAGAGCGGAUAGAGGAACUAGAAGCACAAAACGAAGCGCUCCGGGGGUCGGCAGAGUCAACGGAUACCAACGUCGCCAAGAUGAAGGAAGAAUUGGCCGAUGCGAUGCGAGAGCUUACGACCCUGAGAAGUCGCAAUAACCUUUCGGCGCAAAACUGGCAAAAAGAGCGGGACGAGAUGGCCAAAACCGUCCAGACCCUGAAACAGGAGCUAGACACGACGUCAAACGCCAUGGGGGAGUGGGAAGUCAUUGCCAUGGAGGAGCGCUCAGUGAAGGAGAGUCUGCAGGAUAAGAUGGCUGAUCUCGAGGAACAAGUCGUGGUUCUCCGCACCAACUAUGAGAGCACUGCGGAGGAGCGUGAGAGCCAAUCAACCCUGGUAACCAAUCUUCAGAAUGCUCUGCGUGAAAUCCAAGACGCAAGGAAGGCCGAGCUGCGAGACGUCAUCGAGUCAACGGAUCAACAGCUUGGGGCACAGAAGAAGCUGCUGCAAGAGGCCGAGACCCGUGCCGCUGAAGCCGUACAGGCGAAGGAGAAGCUUACCGCGGAACUGGAACGAACUGCUCCGUAUGAAAAGGAGGUUAAGGAAAAGAACCUUCUGAUUGGGAAGUUGAGGCACGAAGCGAUUGUCCUAAAUGAUCACUUAACCAAGGCACUUCGCUACCUAAAGAAGACAAAGCCCGAAGAAAACGUCGACAGGCAAAUUGUCACCAACCAUCUCCUCCAUUUCCUCACGCUGGAUCGCGGGGACCCGAAGCGCUUCCAAGUGCUCCAGGUCAUGGCAGGCUACCUCAACUGGACUGACGAGCAGCGUGAGCAGGCCGGUCUCGCCAGGCCAGGGGCCUCGAGCGGCAGCCUUCGCCUCCCGAUGUCACCCUUCCACAGAACGCCCAGCUCCCCUUCACUAUCUGCAGAAGUCUUCUCCGAACCCUCGGGCUCCAGAGACAAGGAAACCCUAGCGGAGCUGUGGGCCAGUUUCCUCGAACGCAGUGCGCUGGAAGGAAGGGACGCUAUGAGCAGCCCGGCCAUUGGCAGUCUCAGCAGUCCACACAUUGGCAAUAUCGCCAGCCCAAAAAUGGGCAGCAUUGCCAGUCCGAACAUUGGCAGUAUUGCAAGUCCAAACAUUGGUCACUUCGGCUUCACACGGCCUGAUUCCAGGGCGGGAAAGAAGUAA